AUGGUAAAGGAUAUUUCAGUUGUUACUGCUGUUACUGUUGUUAUUAUCACUAUACGUGGUGAAAAUUUUUCUUUCGUUGAAGAUGAAAAUAUGAGAAGUUUGCUAUUAAGAUUUUUAUAG